ACAAAACAGGCAGCGGAAUCAGCUGACUGGAGGCAGGGAGCCUGGUGCGCCGCUUGGUUUUAGCACAGAUCCUGCACUGAGAACAGGGAGGGGGAGAGACACGCGAGCCGGGGGAGGCGACGGCCGCACAGCCAUGGCGCCCCGGAUAAGAUUGAGCCUUUCAAAGCCUCUCCCAACCAUAUGCGAAACCCACGAGGAAGCGAUGGAGGAUUCAACCAGCAACCCGAAGCGCAGUGGGAGCACCGCAGUCAGCCCAGAAUUGUACUCCAGUGACGAUUAUAUUCAAUCUAUCUGCCACCUUGCCAGACCCACCUUCCCGGGCCUUCCUGAAAGCAGUUGUAAGGUUCAGGACAGGAAGACCCUGAAGACCCUUGAAGGCAUGUCAUGGCCUCCAGCCCUUGGGGGGACACAGCAGGAAACAGCAAAAUGUAAAUUGACCAAUUUAAUUUCAAACAUGGUGCCACUGGGGAAAGUUACACCUGCAGAAGCCAACUUCUGGUCCAGAGAGGACCCCCUGGCACAGAUUUACACCCAUGCAGGAAAGCUCUGCUCCUCCAAGGCUGCUUCAUAUGGUAAAAGCUCCAGCACUUGUCACUCACAGUGCAACUCUUCUACUCUAAAUGGUGAACUCCAUCCCUCAAUCAUGAAAGAAAAAGCCACAGGGAAACCAAAUUUUCCACAAGUGUUCAGUUUUCCGAGGCUUCCCUCCCCAAGACCAGUGCAGAAAGAAACAAUCUACUCAGAGCUGAGGUGUCUCAGAAAAGAUGAGGGAGCAGUUUUAGGGAGCAAUCACAGUCAGAAAGAGAACAGCCCCGUGUUCAUUAACGGUGAAGAGCUAUUGCCGUGCUCAGCCAGGGGGAAGCCGGUGGGAAACCCAGCCCUGCGCUGCUCUGUACGAAGGCAGAGUUGUUUGUUCAAUGCAGCAGGCACCGAUGAAAAUGAAGGGAGAGAAACUUCUCACGGUGACAGAAAGGUAGUGGGUGAUGUCCUCACUAAGCAGAGCUACUCUGAGUGUUCCCAGGUACCUAAAACAGCCAUGAUCCAUAACUGGAUUUCAGAGCACAGAUGCAUCUGGAAAGAAGCAAAAAUAAAAGCUUGUUUGCUCCCUGCCAUUGCUGAAGUGUGAGGAAGUAGCUGCUCAGAAAGAUUUUAUUCACAAGAUAUAGCCACCCUGUGCUCUAGAAGCUCUCCCUGGAGUCCUUACACAGAAAACAUGGCUUGAAUGUGCAUGCAAGUCAAGCAGACCUUUGUGACCCAUCAUAUCCCUCUUUGGUGGGCAAAGGGACAAUUCGGAGUCUCAUCCACCAAAGAAACAGUGAUUAGUUCUCAUUUUGGAAAGGCAACAAUUCAUAAAGCAUCUCCCCCCACCAUUUUCCUAGAACUGCCCUGAGCACGAAGAAAAGCUGGAGAGAAUACAAACCCCUCCUGUUCUGGAGAAGAAGUGAUCUGCGGGAACACCAAAAUACUGGGGUUUUCCAGCAAAUGCCAGACGGCCAGAAGUUGCUCACACUUGGGUACAGUUAUUCUGAAAGGAACAUUUUGACUGACGUUUGAACAGCACUAAAUAUGCUCUCUGUGACAUACACAUUUACUAGGAGACCCAGUAUAGAUCACUGCGCCAACACCAGGAUAACACUGGAUAGGUCACCUGUUAGUGCAGUAGCAUAAAGAAAUAUUAUUUUGAAAACAUAAGAAGUCUUUUAUGACAAUUUGCUAGAGAGCAAUGUGCAGAAUAUUGCGGCUCCUCAAGGUGGGGUUUUUCUGUUGCUUACCCUGGCAUGACGCUGUUACCUCUACUCCUUGGUUUUCCCUUGGCAGGAGGAGGGCUAGGAGCCCUGGGUGGGCAUUGCUGUGCCAGUGCUGCAGUUGUCUGGGAGCUGUAACAGAUGCCAGCUGUAAAAAACAGCCACUAUCACACUGGUCUCUGCAUCCUCACACAGAGUUCGCUGCUGGGGAGCAGCCAGCUCUGCGGCACAAGAGCAGAAGUUUUGGCCAAGGGGCAGCCCGGGUACGCUGGGCUGGUGGGGUGCUGGGCUGGCAUUCACAGGACCUGGAUGUGAAAGAGCCAUUUCUGGACUUCCCUUCAUACCUGUGUUUCUGUAUUCUCGCCUACCUGACCAUACUAAUGAUGCUGACUGUGCUUUGCCUAGUGCUGUGAGACUGAAACAUGGGAAAAACCCACAGUGUGCGCACAUGGUACAACCACCCAGCGUGUAACAUACAUAGAACCAUCCAGCUGAUGUUAGUGCUGUAUGGGAUGUCGGUGGGCAGAGCGUUCCUGCACUGCUGUGUUCCUGGCGUGGCGUGGGGAGCACACGGCCAGGUCAUCCCUUGCUACUGCACGAGCAUCUCACCGGCGCUUUCUCCUGCAGGCAGAGCAACCUCACACACCUGCGCUUGGUACCGUGCCCUCCGUGGCCAGCCAAGAGAAGCAGGUGAGAAAACUGCAAAGCAAUACUAUCAUUAUUACUACUACUAGGAAUAAAUCUUUUGGCGUAGAGGAGAGCAGAGGGACCAGGCUGCUCGUUCAACUGCAGUUAAGGUGGGAAAUACCAUUGGAAAGCUGCAAUUAUAAAAAUACUCACAAGCGACUUCUAAACUGCCCUCAAGCACAUUGAAUCAGAAGGUACCUUCUGCUCUGUACCAACCUGAGCGUAAAUGCUCUCAAGGAUCAAAAGGUAUGCAUAUUAGAGCUUCUCAUUAUCACAUCUCUUAUCUCAAAUAUUUUUUCUCCUGUUAAAUCUCAUUAGCACUAUGGAGCCGAACCAUGUCUCAUCUUCAGUUUUGAACUAACCACACAGCAAGAACAAAACUGGAGGUGGCUCCAGCAUUUAUUAGAGCCGAUGGAGGGAGCUGAAUCUGGAGGUGCCAGGCUGCUCCACCUCCUCCAUGUCUUUUCCUUCCUUCUCAGGUUAACACUGGGAUUUCAGUGAUGUUUUUCCUCGUUGCCCUGCUGACAUUUUCUCUCUGUGUGAAUAUUUGUGACACUAAUGCUUAGCAAGUCUCGUGCCAAUUGCCUGUAUCACUGCUUUUGACAGAGAAAACAAAUAAAACCGUUACAUGGA